AUGGACUCUGUCCUGUACGAGGCGCAGCGCCAGGGCCGCAUCAGCUUCUACAUGACCAGCUUUGGCGAGGAGGCGCUCAUCGGCAGUGCUGCGGCGCUGGAUCCGAAGGAUCAUGUGUUUGGGCAGUACCGCGAAGCCGGGGUUCUGUUGCAGCGCGGGUUCACCCUUGAGCAGUUCAUGAACCAGUGCUACUCGAACGAGCUGGAUCAGGGCAAGGGCCGCCAGAUGCCCGUGCACUACGGCUCCAAGGAGCUCCAUUUCCAGACGAUUUCGUCGCCGCUGGCCACGCAGAUCCCGCAGGCAUCCGGUGCGGCAUACGCAAUGCGCCGUGAGGGCAACAAGCAGUGUGUUGUCUGCUAUUUCGGUGAGGGAGCUGCCAGCGAGGGCGACUUCCAUGCUGGCCUCAACAUGGCGGCGACGCUGGGCUGCCCGGUGAUCUUCUACUGCCGCAACAACGGGUAUGCGAUCUCGACGCCCUCGAUCGAGCAGUACCGCGGCGACGGAAUCGCCAGUCGCGGAAUUGGCUACGGCAUUGACACGAUCCGUGUCGAUGGCAACGACAUCUGGGCCAUCUACGAGGCCACCAAGGCGGCCCGCAAGCUGGCUGUCGAACAGAACAAGCCGGUGCUGAUCGAGGCCAUGACAUACCGCGUCAGCCACCACAGCACAUCGGACGACUCGUCGGCGUACAGGUCCAAGAAGGAGGUCGAGGACUGGAGCAAGCGCGACAACCCGCUGGCGCGCAUGCGUGCGUGGCUGAUGAACAAGGGGUGGUGGGAGAAGAGCGAGGAUGUCGAGGUCACCAAGGCAGCCAAGGCGGCAGUGCUCAAGGCGUUUGCUGACGCCGAGAAGCUCAAGAAGCCGGCAGUCAGCGAGAUGUACACGGAUGUCUACGACGAGAUGAUCCCGGAGCUGGUGCGCGAGAAGGCCGAGAUCGAUGCGCUGCUGAAAAAGUACCCGGACUACUACCAGGUCAACGACUAUGCGAAGUCGACGUAG